AAGUAAUAGUAAUUUCACAUAAAGACUCAUUCAAAAUGGCGGCGAAACAGUCAGACGUGCCCAAUUUCACCCUCAGCGAUUAUGCCAAGUUCUUUAGCGCAGGAGCCCUCGCUGCGACGUCGACUCAUGGUGCUGUGACCCCAAUUGAUGUCGUCAAGACCCGAAUCCAGGUCGACGAUGCCCUCAAGGGCUACAACAUGCUUUCAGCUGGGCGCAGCAUCGUCGCCAAGGAGGGUGCUUCAGCCCUGCUGACAGGCUUUGGCCCUACGGCUGUCGGUUACCUUGUCCAAGGUGGUGCCAAGUUCGCCGGCUACGAAUACUUCAAGAAGAAGUACAUCUCCAUGCUUGGAGGUCCCGAGAAGGCUGUCGAACAUCGAACGGGCGUCUACCUCACUGCCAGUGCAUCGGCCGAAUUCUUUGCUGAUAUCCUUCUCUGCCCGCUCGAAGCUACACGUAUUCGACUGGUUUCGCAAAGAGGGUACGCCGACGGCUUGCUCUCAGGCUUUGCAAGGAUGGCGCGCGAGGAGGGCUUCAAGGGUUUCUACUCCGGCUUCGUUCCCCUCCUAUUCAAGCAAGUUCCCUUCGCUGUCGGUCAAUUCUCCGUUCACGAAGCCGUCAACGAAGUCAUCUUCCGCGCCAUGGGCCCUGAGCGCAAGGCAAAGCUCACACAGCUCGAGUCGACAGGAGUAGAGCUCACCUCUGGUAUCACUGCCGGUGCUGCAGCUGCAGUGCUUUCUCACCCUGCCGACACCCUCUUGUCAGCAAUCAACAAGGGCGCAGGCGAUAAGAGCCAGGGCGCAACAAGUCGCAUGUUCCAACUCGCGCGCGAAUUUGGACCUAAGCGACUGCUCCUCACUGGAUUAGGUCCUCGUCUCGUCAUGACAUGCGGUCUCGUGGGUGCUCAAUUCGUCGUGUACGCGCAAUGCAAGGCAUUGACAGGAGCUCCACCCGGUAUUGAGAUUCACAAGGAAGAAUCGCUGUGAGAUAUGCCAUGUAACGAUGAAAAAAGUAAAUAUCGAAUUAGAAACGGCGUUGGGGCGAUAGACGAGAGUAUAAAGGGAUCUUUAGAGCGAGUUCCGGUGUUAGAUUAAUUAAGAUUUCAUAUUCUGCUGCAAAUACCGUCUUGGCUUCUUGUUUCAGGGCCCGUGCCGCUAUUGAGCCGCUAUUGAUGCCCCGUCUGGGUCGUAGCUUGGGCCUGGAUCUGGUCUAUUCUCGGUUUUAGUGUUUGAGAUCUGUCUAGAGUGGCGGAGCUGUGGCUGAGAAUAAUUAACAAUACUAAAUAGAGAUGACUCUGACUGAAGACAAUGGCAAGGCAAUGUAAAAAGAUGACAGAAGGACUGGUAUUGUAUUUAAAUUCAAUAUUUAUCUGG